AUUAAAAAAAACAAAAACUUUGCUGAUUUCUCACAGGUUUCAAGAGCAUUAGUGAUCUAUGUCUGCUUCUUCAAAGGUGCUGAAGAAGACCUUCUGCCUAAAAUGGUUAGCACACUGUUGAAUGUGAAAUUAAGUGAGACAGAAAAUGGCAAGCACGUCUCUAUAUUGGAUCUACCUGGGAAUGUUCUCAUCAUCCCUCAAGCCACCCUCGGAGGAAAAGUGAAAGGAAAAAGCAUGCAGUACCACACCAACUCUGGAAAAGAAGAAGGAUUAGUGCUUUAUUCUCAGUUUGUGACUCUGUGUGAAAAAGAGCUUGCUGCUAAUAGUAAAUGGGCUGAAGCUGGCAUGGUGGUGAAGCAUGGAACUUAUGGGAACAGACAAGUAUUAAAGCUUGAUACCAAUGGACCUUACACACACUUGAUUGAAUUUUGAAAAAGCCAUUUCAGUUUGUACAACAUUAUUCUAAGAUGAAAUGAUCGGGACUAGAAUUAUUAGAGGAUUUUUAUUUUCUUAAGAUCUGUCAUUAAAAAAUAUUUUGCCACUUUU